GUUUAGCCAUGGAGAGUUGUAGUGACACAAAAAAUAUUCAGAAGAGAUGUGUAAGAAAUACUAUAGAACUUCCUUUAUUCUUGAACAUGGUCGCAACAUCCUUUACAACUGCAGCAAUAAGCAACAUUCUGCUGUACAGAACUUGUGUUCACGCUAUCGGGUUACCCAGAGAAGAGUGUUCGCCUUUUCUGUCGCCAGUCAAGAACAAUGAGACAAGUCACAUAGAGAGUGAAGUUCAAAGGUACACCACAAGUGUCACCACCGUCAAGGGUGUGUUGGAUGCAGUGGUUCCCGCAUGCCUUGCGAUGUUCCUUGGAGCCUGGUCUAACAUAUAUGGGCGGAAACCUCUACUAAUGUGGUCUUUGGGAGGCACGACUCUAUCGACCUUAUGUACGGUGAUAUACUCGAUGUUAGACGGUAUGGGUCCCUGGUGGCACAUCCUGUCUGUGAUCCCAUCUUCAUUCUCUGGGAGCUACAUUGUACUGUACACGGGUGCCUACAGUUACUGCAGCGAUAUCUCCUCUAAAAAGGACAUGACUUUAAGAAUGACGAUGAUUGAAGCUACUGUAUCUUCAGGGACUGCCGUUGGUGCUAUGUUCAGUUCAUAUCUGAUAUUAUAUAUCGGCAGUGGAAACAUAAUUGUACUUGCAGCGUCGCUCAAUAUUUUAGCUUUUCUUUUCGUAACUUUUGUAUUGCGAGAAUCGUUGGUGAAAGUAAAGAAGGGUGGCUCAACCAACGUUUUCAGCUUGUCUCUCAUAAAAGAAUUAUUCGAAGAAUUCCUGAAGAAGCGGCCGUUCAAUAGAAGAGCUCAGAUCAUUCUUAUUACUGUUGCCAACUUUUUACUCGUAGUAGUAAUAUUUGGACUAAGUAUGCUCGAAUAUUUAUUUACCAGACAAAAACUCGGCUGGUCUUUACAACAAUUCACGAAAUAUUCGGCACUAAGUACGGUGCAAUCAUUUGCUGGCAAAUUUAUAGGUGUUUUGGUUGUGCAAAAAGUGUUGCGAUUGGGAGAUAUAACCUUUGUGGUAUUUGGUGUUUCAACCGCCAUAAUAGAAUACAUUAUUAAGAUAUUCGCUGUUGCUUCUUGGCAAAUGUAUGCAAGUGUCCUGGUUUCCAUGUUUAAAGGACUCGCAGGUCCACUAACGAGAUCAUUUUUGAGUAAAAUACUUAACCCAACCGAAGUGUCGAAAAUAUUUGCACUGAUGUGUGCCGCAGAGAGCAUCGCGCCUCUCAUAGCGCCCAUUUUGUAUAAUGCGGUUUAUGCAGCUACCCUCCACAUAUUUCCGAGUUCUUUAUACGUGUUGAGUGCGUCUAUAACUUUGAUAUGCUUGACUUUGUUGGGGUAUGUGCAAUACUUUAACCGGAAAGCUUCGAAGAUCUCCGCACAGGCACCUGAGGAGACGAUGAAACCGGUGACCAGCUGAUACUUAGUACAAAUUAAACUUACUUUUUCAAUUAAUUGAUUGGACCCGCAAGAAAUUCCUUUUAUAAUCGACAAAAUUGCACCAAACCACAACUUUUAACAAAAAUAUUCGCAGGUUAUUGUACACAAACGAUAAUAGUUUGUUAUCAAUAGUCUAGGAAGUACAAUAAAGUACAAUAUUGUCUGCAAGCAGAAAUCGUAAAGAAUGGAAAUUGGGAUCACAAACUGCACUUACUGUAAACAAUUUGUUGAUAGAUUAAGUUGUAUUGGCUCUCAAUGUAGGUACUGAUGAUGUGCAAAGCUUCUCUUCAUAAGAAUGAUGAUGGCAGCUGAGUGCACGGCUAAACAUUUUACUAUUAACUAUACGAGCAAUUCAUAUCCGAACUUAUAAAAAUAUUAUCUCUCCUUGCGUAUUAUGCUUGUAAUGGAGUAUUAUAAGAUUUUAAUACA